AGAUCAUUUAUAAUGAGCCAACUCAAAAUAAAAUAUGUCACUUUCAGUGGUAUCAGAUGGAUUACUUUUUAUAAGCCAUCACUCACUACUUGAAAAUGAACCAUAACAAAAGAAAAAUAUUUGUACUUGGAAAUCAUACCAAAAAAAUGCUUCCAUCAAUAAAAAAUCCUAUCUUCUUCUUCUUCAUCUUCGUCAUCAUCUUUCUUCCGAGCUCCAAUCGCCAUCUCACUCCAAGAUUCUCCUCACCCCUUAGACUCCCUCACUCCGUCGGAGCUCACUCGAGUCGGAGCCAUCGUCAACGCCCAUUUCUCGAGCACGAGCCGCAACGUGAGCUUCCACUACGUCGGCCUAGACGAGCCGCACAAGCCGGAGAUCCUCCGUUGGCACUCGGAUCCCGGCCGGCUCCCGCGUCGCAGAGCAUUAGUCAUCGCUCGCAUUGACCGGAGCAGCAGCCACGAAAUCGUCGUUGACUUUCUGCAAAACGCGGUCGUUUCCGACCGACUGCACCAAGGCGGCGGCUACCCUCUCUUGAACGUGGAGGAGCAAGUAGCCGCGAGCAAGCUGGCGACGUCGUAUGCUCCCUUCGUCGCCUCGAUUGCGAGGAGAGGGCUGAAGAUGGAGGAGGUGGUGUGCAUGAGCUUCACCGUGGGGUGGUUCGGACAGGAGCGGAGCCGGAGGAUGGUUAGGGUUAUGUGUUACUAUAUGGAUGGGACGGUUAAUAUCUACAUGAGGCCUAUCGAGGGCGUCACCGUGGCCGUCGAUCUCGAUCGGAGGGCGAUCAUCGGGUUCCACGACCGGGUCGUGGUCCCGGUGCCGAAAGCUCAAGGCACGGAUUACACCGGUCGUGAUCAGCCGUACAUGGAGAGUGAAGGUGGUGUUGAUGAGGAUGCAAGUUUCACUUUGGAUGGAAAUGUUUUGAGGUAAUAAUAAUAUAUGUUACUUCAUUUGAGUAAGCAAGAAAUUAGAGUCACAUUUGUUGCAUUACUAUUUUCCCUACACUCUUUGGAUGUAUAUAUGCAUGUCAUGAAAUGUACUCCCUCCAAUCCGUCCCAGUCUAAUAUAUAGAUUCGUUUUCCUUUU